GUAAAAUAUACGAAGUAAAAUAAAUGGUCCCAAGUAUAUGAAUGAAUACAUGUAUUUACAGAUAUCUCUCUCCCCUAUCUCCUUAUGAUUUGUCAUUUUCCUCACCCAUAAUCCUAUAAAAUAAUCAAGAACCUCCGAGGGAGAGAGACAUACACACAGACAGAGUAAGACAUAUAUAACAUAUAUAGAGAGAGAAGACCUAAACAAAGAGACAUAUGGUGUCUUUAGGUUACUGCUUGAAGGAGAAGAAGACAUGCGUGAGAUGGGUAGAGAUAUACUUCGAUGACUGUCUCUGUAACUUAAACGACGACGUUUCAUUCGCACUUGGAAUCGCUAGCCUCCUCUGUUGGGGAGUCGCAGAGAUUCCUCAGGUCAUCACUAACUUCCGUACAAAGUCAAGUAACGGUGUCUCUCUCUCCUUCCUCCUCGCUUGGGUCGCCGGUGAUAUCUUCAAUCUCGUCGGUUGUCUUCUUGAACCAGCUACUUUGCCGACUCAGUUCUACACAGCCUUGCUUUACACAGUGAGCACUGUAGUAUUGGUGAUCCAGACUAUUUACUACGAUUACAUCUACAAACUUUGUAGACAUAGACGUACCAAGAUUUGUCAAAAGGAUGAGGAAGAUGAAGAGAAGAGACCAUUGAAACCACCAAAGACGAUGGGAUCUGCUAUUUCCAUCCCAGGAGGAUCUUACAAAGAUUCUUCUCGGAGAGAGUUCUAUUACACGUCGGCGAGAUCGUUGGCCGGAAGUGGCACACCUCCCUUAAGAACAUCGUAUUUUCGAGUGGCUAAGAGUGGCCCUUCGGCUCUGGCAAUCGACAAUGAUGGUUCGUCAUCGGACGAAGAUGAGACAAUGUCGACGUGUCCUGUCAUAACGGCUAAAACCAUUACAAAACCAAGGCCAAUACCUAGACAGGCAGGUUUUGGAACGUUUUUGGCUGCAUCGGCUAGUCUUCCGCUUCAGGCAAAGAGCUUAGCGGAAAAAUAUGCACAUGCUUCAAGCAGACGGCUUCUAAACGAAAGAAUAGUAGAGCAUAGCGCGUUGGGACAAUGGUUGGGAUGGCUAAUGGCCGCCAUUUACAUGGGCGGUCGCAUUCCUCAGAUUUGGCUCAACAUCAAAAGAGGAAGCGUCGAGGGUUUGAAUCCACUGAUGUUCAUCUUCGCGCUAGUAGCCAAUGCAACAUAUGUUGGUAGUAUUCUUGUCCGAACAACUGAAUGGGACAACAUCAAACCAAACCUUCCUUGGUUGCUUGAUGCUAUUGUCUGCGUCGUACUAGAUCUAUUUGUAUCCUUUUCUAACCAUUUGCACAGUCUCAACGUGGAAAACAAGUUAUCUUAUUGCCAUUAGGUUGAGCUUUGCUACCUUAAUUCGAAAAAUCAAAACAGAUAAUACUGCAGUAUAUCUACUACAAGUAUUGCAGGAUAAAGAGCUUGGAAAGCAGAGAAGAAGACGCCUAUGGAGACUAUGUGGAAGCAAGCAAAACUUUUGUUUCGUGAAUCACUAUUUAUGUUACAAGGAUAAUUUGAUUUUCUUUUGAUCUUAAGUAUUAUUGAUUUCAUAGUGUAUGCAUAUAAAACCUAAUUAUUAUAUGUUCACUAAAACUGCUUUCUGUUUCCUCAA